UUUCUAGAAAUUUUCUAAAUUUAAGUUUUUGUUUCACUGGUUACGAUUGGCAUAAUUUUCUUGUCAUAACUGAAGUCAUGGCUGCCCUGGUUAGACAUAAUUUAAUUCCGGCGAAAGGUAGUGCUACCCUCUCGUUAAAUGGUGUUCGAGCGAUUUGCAGUACUCCAGUGGUCCAUUCCCCACGGAAAGGAGCUCCGGACCGCACCGGAAAGAAUAUAGUUUUCGUUGAUGGAGUCCGGUCGCCAUUCCUGCUUUCUGGAACCGAUUACUCCAAAUUGAUGGCUUACGACUUGGCCAGACACUCACUUCUGGGCCUGUUGAAGAAGACUGGAGUACCAAAAGAAGUGAUCGACUAUAUUGUUUACGGCACAGUAAUCCAGGAAGUGAAAACAAGCAACAUUGGUCGUGAAGCUGCUCUAGCGGCUGGAUUUUCCGAUAAAACACCAGCGCAUACUGUAACAAUGGCGUGUAUCAGCUCUAACCAGGGCAUUACCACAGGUAUUGGUUUAAUUGCUGCGGGCGCUUAUGACGUGAUAGUAGCCGGUGGAGUCGAAUUCAUGUCCGAUAUUCCGAUCCGUCAUUCGAGGAAGAUGCGAUCUCUGAUGUUGAAGGCUAACAAGGCUAAGACACCCAUGCAAACACUCAAAUUGCUCACUUCAAUCAGGCCAGACUUCUUAGUACCAGAGCUUCCAGCUGUUGCGGAAUUCUCGUCAGGUGAGACGAUGGGUCACUCAGCUGAUCGGUUGGCAGCUGCUUUCAAAGUGACGCGACAGGAGCAAGACGAGUAUGCACUUCGGUCGCAUACAUUGGCUCAUGACGCUCAGUCUAAAGGCUACUUCACUGACAUUAUUCCCUUCAAAGUACCUGACUCGGAUAAGACAAUCAGCAAUGAUAACGGUAUCAGAGUGUCUAACAUGGAGCAACUUGGUAAACUGAAGCCAGCCUUUGUCAAGCCUCAUGGAACUAUCACGGCUGCCAACGCUUCCUUCUUGACCGACGGAGCUUCUGCCUGCCUGAUCAUGACUGAAGCGAAAGCCAAGGAACUCGGCCUGAAACCGAAGGCCUACCUUCGUGACUUCGUGUACGUGUCUCAAGAUCCCAAGGAUCAGCUGCUACUUGGCCCGGCCUAUGCCACGCCCCGAGUCCUCGAAAAGGCCGGCCUCACCAUGAAGGACAUUGAUGUGUGGGAAUUUCAUGAGGCAUUUGCAGGACAAAUUCUGGCGAAUUUCAAAGCUCUGGACUCUGACUGGUUUGCACAAAACUACAUGAACCGCCAGUCCAAGGUUGGAGUCCCCGAUAUCAACAAAUUCAACAACUGGGGCGGUUCUCUCAGUAUUGGUCAUCCAUUUGCUGCAACUGGAGUGAGAUUGACUGUCCACGCCGCUAACAGAAUGAUUCGUGAGGAUGGACAAUUAGCUCUGAUUGCUGCCUGUGCUGCUGGAGGACAGGGCAUUGGAAUGAUCGUGGAGAGACAUCCUGAUGGAACUCCAAACUAAUCACAACAUUUCUAGAUCACAACAUUUGCGCUCGCUUGUUACUUGAAACAUCAGAGCUCAUCUCUCAAAUGGGGCCAACAAAACCGAUGAUAGUUUCAACUUUUCACCAGUUGAUGUUGAAAUCUAUGUAUGCUAAUACAAUGUUGACCAUAAUAAUGUGAAAGCAUUGACAAUGCUUGGUGCCAGGUUAGGGCUUUAAACCUUCAAGAUCAUAGGUGUAAUAGGUGCAGGUAAAACUCGUUAUUUUUAUAAUUGUCAACUCUUCAUUACGAGUAAGACAUUUUAUCUUUUAAAACUAUUUAUUGUAUCCUUAUUCUAGUGGUUGUUACACUAAAGAACUGAAUUCACAUAAUCGCUGUUUUCCAAUUUUCGGAACGAAGCAGUGUUGUUUUUAUUAAUUUCUAUUAUGUUAGUUCAUUGUAAUUCCAAUGUGAUUAUGAAUUACUAACCGUCGGUUGCUUGCAUGCCAACAAUGAGGCGCUAUAAUACUUGAUUAUUUACACGAGUGCUUUUAUUUAUCUGUCUGGACUGAACCAAUCAGUUUUCUAUUCUCAAAAUGCUGUUUUGUAGAAUUUAUAAAAGUAUUUGUAUAUCAGUCCGAAGUUAGGUAUAAAUUAUUGUAUUCAAAUAUAUUUUGAUAUCAUUGUCAAUUUUGUAACUUGUAAUGUUAUUAGGAAAGUAUAAUAUUUAAUGUGAAAAUA